AUGACAUGCUACUCAUGUGGUGUUAUAGGCCAUCGUCAGAGAGAAUGCCCUCGAUCUAAACCUGGGGAAAGUAAGGCUUCUGUUCGCCGACAUUCUAUUAGUGGUGCUCCUCGUCAAAAGGAGGAGGUACCGCACGUCCAGACCAGAGCUUUUCAAAUCACUUAUGAGGAAGCUCAAGAUAAACCGGAUGUGGUUAUGGGUAUAUUUCUCGUUAAUUCUCAUCCCGCUCGUAUCUUAUUUGAUUAUGGUGCUACUAAUUCAUUYGUUUCUCAUACGUUUGCUCRAUGUUUAAACUUUGUGCCAUAUGUGCUUGCUAAACCUUUUUACGUUGACACUGAUGGCACAUCUAUGCUAGCUGAUAAAGUUUACAAAGAUUGUGUGUUGCAAUUAGAUGAGCAUGAGUUUUUCGUAGAUCUUGUACCGAUGGAUAUCCAUAGCUUUGAUAUAAUUAUUGGUAUGGAUUGGUUGGCUAAGAAUCRGGCUGAUAUUUUGUGUUUUCAACGCAUAAUCCGUAUACCGAACGACGUCGACUAUUUAUAUGUUUACGGUGAAAAGCGUAAAGAAGACGUAAAGUUGAUUUCUACGCUUAAAGCUCAAAGACACCUAUCUAAAGGUUGUUCUUCCUAUUUAGCCUAUAUUUUUGAUGCGUCGAAAGAGGUAAAGAAAACGGUUAGUGAUGUACCGGUUGUAUGUGAAUUUCCGGAUGUAUUUCCCAAGGACUUGCCCGGUUUACCUCCUGAUAGACAAGUUGAAUUUCGAAUUGACUUAAUUCCUGGUGCAACGCCGAUUGCUAGGACGCCGUAUCGUCUGGCUUCGGCUGAAAUGAAAGAAAUGAAGAAUCAACUGCAAGAACUUCUCGAUAAAGGUUUUAUCCGACCGAGCACUUCUCCUUGGGGGUGCUCCAGUAUUAUUUGUCAAGAAGAAAGAUGGUUCAAUGCGUAUGUGCAUCAAUUACCGUGA